CAGAUCCUAGAAAUGCAAAACAACCAUGGCAGCUUCGUCAGGAAAAGUGGUCGAUUUGAUGCGAAAUAUAAUCGCUGCAGGCGUCAAAUCUAACACAUUUAAUCGCGUAUUGAAAGGGCUAAUGGUAACUCAUGGUGAGCCGGGGAGGUGUGUCUGUGAGAUCAAAGUGUGUGAAGAGCACACCAACAGCAGUGGCACCCUGCAUGGAGGAUUCACCGCUACCCUGGUAGACAUUGUCUCCACGACAGCUCUCUUUACUACUGCUAUCUCCGCAAGAGGCAGUAGUGUGGAUAUGAACAUAACGUAUAUACGUCCAGUGAAAAUCGGGGAAGAGAUAAUCAUCGAUGCUAAAACAUUAAGAUCAGGUCGGAGUCUGGCUUUCCUCACUGUGGACAUAAUGAACAAGAAGGAUGGCUCCCUUGUUGCUCAGGCACGACACACCAAGUUUAUCCCCAAAAAGGAACCUCCAAUACCAGACACAAAUGAGCUUUAUUACUUAGUGUUUUAAAGAUCUCAGGUGUGAGAUAGAGUUCUCUGAUUAAUGUAGCGGGCUUCAACUGUCAUGGCUGGCAUGUGUGUGAGGUUACACACAGGUGCUUUCAUUGUAUUCAGAGCAGGUGCACAGUUCUGAAGAUGUUUGUCAGUUGGAGAUUUAGCUGCAUUGCAGUGAGACAGAUAAUUACAAUGAUUCCUGCUAAGAAACCUCUUGUACAGCAAGCAGCCUGUCGGCCUAUCUGAGAAUGUUUGGUGUUACAAUGUUGCACCUUUGAUCUGAAUGUACAUGUUUCCAUGGCGACACCUUGAGGUCUCAUAAUGCAAAACAAUGCUCGGUUCCUUGUCAAGACCACAGACUCUUUGGUUAGAUCUGAUGUUUAUGAUAUGGUUGUAAAGCCUCGGACUCCAAAGUUUCAUUAGCCAGUGAUUUCAAGAAUAUGGAACACAGAACAGGUACUGUUUGCUAAGAAAUUUGUCAGCCGUGUUUCAGUCAUCAGAUAAUACACAAGUAAGAGAGCACAAAGUUUCAGUUGGGGCAUAAUAUACCAACUGAAGUAAAACUAUCCAAUGUCUUUCAAACUAUACAGGGUAACAAACAUGGUCAAAAUCUGGAAGUGAACAUCUAAAGCACUUUGUUAUAUAAGCGAUCACCAGAAAACACCAGGUUCUUUUUAUGAGCCACUUUUGCUGGAUUGAAUGAGCAUCAUUAUUUCACAAAGGCAUUGCAUCAAUCUAUUCCAGAAGGAAAUUCAGUCCUUACUCUUCCCUGUAUAGUUUCCUCUACAGGGCUUAUCAAAAUGAAUACUGUCUCCUGAUUUUGUGGUACAGAGGAUCAACGAGCACAAACCUAUUUAUGGAAGUUACUGUUAAUGGGUUUCAUAAAGGAAAGUUUGUUAAUCCUUGUGUGCUCAGCAUUUGUUUUGAUCAACCCUGUAUACAUACCACAUGUUGACUUCCAUUAAUGGGGCAUUAAUGCAGACUGCUUCUGUUUUGUGAAGCUCGUGAUACAAGGCCAGCAGGACAGACUAAGUCCUCUGACCAAACCCAUAAUCAGCCACAUCACUGCCAAUGUUUACUUUCAUUAAAUGCAUGUCAAGUAUUACUUGCUUACUGAAUCCUGUACCUAAGUAGCACACAAGGUAAGCUUACUUGGCCUUCUUAUAUAAUGGUAUUGAUCUCUUAAUGGUAAUCCACAACAAAGAGGAAAUGGGAUUGGAUGUCUAUGAUUUAAUCCCAAUGACUUUAACUGCAAAGGAGGGUAGUGCAUGAGGGCAAAAUCUGUAUGAGCUAGCCUUAUAAAGUUGACUGGGGUGUUCCGAUGCUGAUGGGUUAAGUUCUGAUUUGGGUGUUCUUAUAAAGUGGUGGUAUUGGCUGCAUUGUCAUCUCAGACAUUUAGUUUGACAUGUCAGCUUCCCUUCUUGCUUCAUGACAGACAGGAGAGCGUUGUGACAGAUCACUCACUUCAUUCAGUUGACUGGCAUAAGCAACAUUGGACUUUAUUUUAUGUCAUGUCACAUCAAAUGUGAUGAGAGGAUGACACCAUAGAUUACUGUCUGGUGCUUCACUCCAUUGAGAGAUAAGGUUUAUGUUAUGAAGGGAGGUGAACAGCCACUUUUUGUUAUGAUAUUGAUGUCAGUUUGUGUUGUCUUUCUGUUUUAGUGCACUUCACAGAAUGCCUUUGAUAUAUAGAUUAGGUUCCCUCCGUUUGUUUUGUUACAUCCUUUAUCAGGGUAUGAUGUGCCAAGAUUAUUUUAUUAUUAGACUGCUGCAGUGCUGACAAGGUUCUAUUUUGAGAGGGUUGGUUAUUUUUGCUUUUUUUUAUAACCACAAUAUGUGGUUUCGCAAGCUUAUGAUCGUGAUGACUAUAAUUCAGGCUUUAUAAGUGUUUAAACACUCAUCCAAUCUGUCAUAGAUCUUGCCUCAUACUAGAACAGUAGCUUUCUGUUAUGCUUAGAUUUCCCACUUGUUCAGUUCAUAUCUAGUUUUGUUCAGUUCUAUAGCAGUAAUUGAUAUAUGUAGAUCAUUGUAGCUUGUUUGCUGCUUGAGGCCAUGGGCCUGCUUGUCUGGUGCAUAGGCAGUUUAUCCCUGUCAUAUAUGAUAUUAAAGAUAUUAAUAUAUACUACUCUAACUAUGCAACUUGUUGCAGUACGAAACACACCUCACUAGGAUGUGUUAGUUUAACAUUCCGUCAUCAGAUAGCACCACUAGCAAGGUUCCUGGUGUUAACCCAUGGCGGCCUCAAGCAGCAGAGGGGCUAAAGUACAUCUUACCAACGAGAUUGUUAUCAAAUAUUUCCAUGCAGUUUCUUAUUUCAUACAUCUAAACCCAUUGAUGUGAGAGUACAUUGGUGGAAUGUGUAUUAUGUUGGUUAAAUUCAGUUCUUACCUGAUGGUCAACAAAGGUUUUGGGGCCUUGUCUUCCAAGUUUGAAGUACUACAGGUGACAUCUGUCACCAAGAAUGACAACUGAAUUCUUAUAGAUUGGGAUUAUAAGUUCUAGAUGUUAUUUUAAGAUUUUUCUUCAAUUGUAAUAAGUGUAUUACUGCAUAGGUUUUGCAUAUUGUUAGAGUAUUGAUGUUAACAGUUCCCUUCUAAAUAGUUAGAUUUUUACAGAUGAUGGUACCAUUGUGGUAUAUAUUUCACUGUUUAUGAUUCAGCAUUGCUCAAAUACAAAGUGUGGUUGCCACUGUUUCAAUCGUGUGCAGCAAAAGCAUUGUGGUGACGUUGAUACUUCUCGGCUAGAGAUGUGAAGAGGCAGCGGUAAGCAGCCAAAUCGGCCCUGCUGAGGGCACAGAUUGGAACAGUGACUUUCCAACUUUACAAAACGAUACCUUAUUUUUUAUUACUACAUCUCUGCUCAAAGUAAUGUUGGUGGAGAUUGAUGUUGCUGGUUGACGACAAAGGUUGAUAGAAUUGUUGAAUAAAGAUUGACUUGAUCCUUAACGACCUUAUCUCAUCACUUUUGUCCUGCCAUCAAGUGCCAUAUUUUAUUGAGGGGAAUCUGAGGAACUUAUAAAGAGUAAUAGCCAGUUGAGCAUCUCAAAUAAACUGUUAAAUGUGUUGAUUGGAUGGAAACAAUUGAUUAGACUGUGUAUGAAUAUUGAUGCUUUUGUGGUCAUUUUUGUGAGGCGAUAUUAAAUUGGGGUACUGUAUCCGUUUCAUAUCUAGACUAGAAUUGUGUUUUGAUGUGUCAGAGACCACUAAUCUCAGGGAAUACCAUCAUUAUCAAGCCUGGGCAGAUGUUUCCAGAUUUCUGUGGAAUGAACAGUCAGCCAUUUGAACUUUCCUCAAGCAGGAGAGUCUUGGGUAUUGACCAAUCAUCCUUGUUUGUUUCAGCCAAUAAGGGCCAUGGAGCUUACAGGGUUUAUGACUGGCCAAUACCUGAGCAGAAGUGCCACAUCCUUCCUUGGGUAAAAUGACAAAUGCAGUGAUUCAGGUAGUUGUGCUCUGGGACUAGUUCCGUGCCCACAUCAGUGAUCUGGAAGUUUCUCUCCAGGUGAAUCUCACCUGAAUUAGUAACAGUCAUGACUAGUAGAGGGGAGAGCAAUAAAUCAUUUUGAUUGACUGAGGUGUUGACAUUAUUUUUGGAAUAUGUCAGGUUAUAGAGCUUAAUUUAAUAAAAGA